AGAACAACCCUCACAGGUGGGGCUUUCUCAGUAACCCUGGGUUUGCAAACAGAUGGGAUCGUUCAGAAGAGCAGAGGAGCAAAGAUGCAGGUGUUAAAUAUAACACACCGCCGGGGUCAAUAUGUGACAGUCGUCAUCUGUGUGAUCAUCCUUUGCAUGCACCUGGUUUUUCAACCCCCCACAGAUCCAUCGGAAAGAUGCUGUGCAUGCAAAGACUGUGUCAGAGAGAAAAGCCACAGUACCUGGUUUAAUGAACUCUUUGACCCCUCUAUUCAACUACUGCUCACCCGGGGAAACUAUGUGCUUAAUAAAGACGUCUACAAGUACUGGAAGGGGCUUCAGAAAAAUAAGAAGGACAGCGACUACAGAGCGGUGGUGGAAAAGAUGUUUUCUCUGUUUCCCGAUAAAACACGAUACACAAACGCGAGUCCAAACCGCUGCAGGACUUGUGCUAUAAUCGGAAACUCCGGCAACCUUAAAGGAUCCCGUUAUGGACGUCUCAUAGACGCUCAUAACUUUGUCAUCAGGAUAAACAUGGGCCCAACAAAAGGCUACGAGGACGAUGUGGGGUCUAAGACCACUCAUCGGUUUAUCUAUCCUGAGAGCGCUGUGGAUUUCGACAACUCCACCUACCUGGUGCUUUCCCCAUUCAAAGUCCUGGACAUAGAGUGGCUCAUUAGUUCCUUCACCACGAAGAACAUCACACGAACUUACAAAAAAGUACGGGCCAGCAUAAAUGCCAACAGACAUAAGGUGAUGAUUUUGCAUCCUGCUUUUAUUAAGUAUGUUCAUGAGAUUUGGUUGGUGAAACAUGGCAAAUAUCCAUCCACGGGCUUCCUCGCCAUUAUAUUUGCCCUGCACAUCUGCGACCAGGUGUCUACGUUUGGGUUUGGUGCGGAUCAGUAUGGAAACUGGUACCACUACUUUGAGAAGACUUCAAGUAGAGUUCGUACUGGCGCUCACAGCGGCAGCUUCGAGUUCGACACCAUGAUGCAGUUGUACUUGGAAAGCAAAAUCCGGGUGUUCAGAGGAAGAUAAUAGGGUAUUAAGAUUUGCAAAAAUGUAAAAAUCAAACACUAUGAAAGCACUUUACAAUACCUCACUGGCUUACUACCACCAAUACUGCUGCUGCAUGGGUUACUGUUAAACACUGAUUGUUGAAUCACGAAUACUCUCUUGGUGUGUACUGGAAUGUACACAUUUUGUUCAUUCACUUUUUUCCUCUUAAAGAUUCACCCAAUAAUAUAUAUAUUUUUUUAAUUUACUCACCCUCAGGCCAUACAAGGUGGCCAUUUUUUAUUCAGUAGAACAUUAAAGACUGAGCAGAAAA